AGGGCGUGUCUUGUAGCUUACAAAAUAAUGCAGAGAUAAGAUUAGAAUGGCUGCAAUGUUUUCAGCUCUUCGAGAUGACGCUAACUUGAGGGAGUUUGUGCUGGAGAAUGUGGAGCACUUUGGAGAGGAGAGAGUUCUAGGAACUGGCUCCUAUGGCUCUGUUCAAGAGGUGAAGAUCAAUGGUGAGGUGUAUGCAGCCAAGAAGAUCCAUGAGGUUCUCCUGGAGACGGACGAGCAUGGUGGAGUGGCCAACAUAGAUGGGAACUACCACCGAGAGUGUCGACUCAUGGCUCGCAUCCGUCACCCCAACAUCACCCAGUUCAUUGGGCUGUGUUUCGUGACUGGCUCUCGACUUCCCCUCCUGGUCAUGGAGAGACUGGACUCAAGUCUGGACGAUCUCCUGGAGUCCACCCCCAACAUCCCCCUCUCUGUCUGCCAGUACAUUCUGGUCUGUGUGGCCCGAGGGCUGCUCCACCUGCAUCGUGAGUCUGUGGUCCAUCGUGACCUCACUGCCAAGAACGUCCUGCUGACGGUAUCUCUGAGAGCCAAGAUCACAGACUUUGGUAACUCUCGUAUCGUGAAUCUGGAGCCUGGUCGACUGGCCAGGACUCUGACGAGGCUUCCUGGGACACUGGUGUACAUGCCGCCCGAGGCCCUCUCUGACAGAGGCCACAGUGUGUACGGACCCAGUCUGGACGUCUUCUCUUUCGGAGUGCUGCAAUUGUUUGCACUCACACAAGUGUUUCCAGGAGAUCUCCUUGCCCCCACGUACAGCGACCCCAACAACCCAGACCACCUCCUGGCUCGCUCAGAGUUUGAGCGUCGAGGUCCCUACACGGCUCUCCUUGAGAAGAGUAUGGUGGGCGGACGUGAACACCUUCUGUUUCGUCUGGUGAGGGAGUGUCUGGCCAACACUCCAGAGAAAAGACCGGCCACCGCUGAGCUCCUCUCGUCUCUGGAGGAGGUGGGGAGGGAGAUGGACGGAGAAUUGCUCCAGCUGGACAUUGCACGAGUGAAGACUGCCAGGACCCUCAGGGCAAAGGAGAAGAGGAUAGAGGCUCUACAGAGAGAGAUGGUCGAGAAGGACAGGAUAUUGGAGAGGAAAGACGAGCAAAUAGUACAAAAAGAUGAGCAAUUAACUGAGAAAGAUGCACUUCUGGCACAAAAAGAUGACCAACUGGUGCAAAAAGACAACCAACUUGAACAGAAAGACGCACUUCUAGUAACAAAAGAUGUUCAAGUAGCCGACAAAGAUACUCAACUUGCUAGACAGCAAGAGAUAUUGAAUAGUGUCCGUGCCACCAAAGAUGGUAUGAUUGCUGACAAGGACAGACAACUCAGUGAACAAGAGUCAACAAUCAUUUCCCAGAGAGAGGCUGCUCUAGUUGAGAGGGACGCUCUCUCACAGAUAUUGAAUAGUGUCCGUGCUAAUGCUGCCACCAAAGAUGGUGUGAUUGCUGACAAGGACAGACAACUCAGUGAACAAAAGUCAAGGAUCACUGAUCUCAUUUCCCAGAGAGAGGCUGCUCUAGUUGAGAGGGACGCUCUCUCACAGGCACACAGGGAACAGAUUCAGCACAAAGAUGCUGAGCUGGUCAGGAGAGACGCCAUCAUUCAACAGCAGAGACAAGAUCCCCCUCCCAGAGAGUUGAGACCUCCACUCACUCUGAAAUGGAGAAGAGGAAAAGACAUGCCAAUCAAGAUGGGCUACACAGUACAGAGUGCUGUUAUCGGUGACACGGUGUAUGUUGGUGGAGGCAGUGCAGACAAUGAUCGUACAGUGAUGAAGCUCGAGCAAGAUCAAUGGACGAAACUACCAAAGUACACUGCCAAGUGGUUUGGUAUGACAUCACUCGCUAAUCGACUAGUGCUAGUGGGAGGACGUGAUCCAAGAAACAACACACCCAGCAAUCAACUUUCAGUGCUCGAGUCAGGGGAAUGGACUCACCCGUACCCACCAAUGAACAUUGCUCGUCAAUCCUCAACAGCUGUCUCCUUCAACAACCACAUAAUUGUAGCUGGUGGGCGUGAUGGUGAUGGUCGUAUCUCCUCCUCUGUGGAGGUGUUAGACGUGGCAUCAAGAAGAUGGUACAUUGCUCAGUCACUACCUAACUCACGAUCAGAACUGAAAUCAACUCUCAUAGGAAACACCCUCUACCUAAUGGGAGGGUACGAUCACACUGGGCCAACCAAGACAGUGCACCACGUUGACUUCAAUGAACUCAUUGCCAAAGCCCUUUCCAACUCGGACACACCCACUCUCUGGCAGACCUUAGAGGAAGUGCCGCUCGAGUUGUCAGCUCCUCUCAGUAUUGGGAGGUCACUAUUAGCCGUUGGUGGAGCGAAUGACAGAGUCAACCCAAGUUCAUCGAUCCACCUCUACCAGCCUGACACCAGGAGGUGGUUGAAAGUAGGAGACCUGCCUACUGUACGAUACUGCUGCACAUGCUCAGUACUUCCUAGUGGAGAGGUUAUUGUAGCCGGAGGACAGAUAGUAAAUAAGAUUAAAAUCCAAACUGUGGAUUUCUUCUCUAUAAGUUCUUAGUUUUUUUCAUGUCCUUCGUGUUAUAAUUAUAAAUUAAUGAUACUUUUCUAGCAUAAUAAUUAAAGUUGCAACUGAAUUUC